AUGACACUCAAGGCUGUGGCCCCGCAGCAGAAGAGAGCUGUGGUGGUGGCGGCGGUGGUGGCGGCGGCGGCGGCAGCAGCCAGAGCGAGCAGUAGCCGAGCUGGGGAGCGGGUGGGGUGGGGGUGGGGAAGGAGGGUAAGGAUGCCGGGGGCCACUCCUGCGUGGUGCGAGUGGGAGCGCGCGCGCGCGCCUGAGCGUGUGUUGUUAGCUGAUAUCCAUGGUAGCUGCAGUGGCAGCGGCAGGGUCCGCGCGCGCCCGCGCGUGUCUGUGCCUGUGUGCGCGCGUACUAGUUCACGCCCUGACUUCCUCAGACCUGGGCGGGCCGGAGCAGAAAUAGCGGCACCUGGACUUCGGCUUGCCCAGUGCCGGGCGCUGCGGCUCGAGCGCCGCGAGCCUCGGGGCGCGGAAUCCUGGCGUGAGAAAGCGGAGCUCUGGGACCCGCCCGGCGUGCACUCGCCGGAGAAGGCCUGGGCGCUGCGAGCCGGGUGGAGGCGUCGGAGUUCACUGAUUAGACAGGCUUUGUCUUCUCACGUUUCAGUCAGACCCGUCGCAGAGUUCUCAGAAUUCCCCUCAGAGGAGCGUAAAGUUAGAGAACUGCAGACUGUUUUUUCUGUCAGCCGGGGAGGGGGAAGCAGCGCCCCGGCCUCGGGUGCAGACGGGAACUUAGCGGAGGCUUGGCUCGUGAAAGGCGAUUCCAGGCACCGAAGGGUAGGGGCUUCACUUGUCCACGUUAGAAAAGCGGGAAGAAAGGGACUGCGGGAUGGGGGUGGGGACGGCUGCGGUGAGCAGCCUCCUCAGAGAACUGGGCGGUUUCACGCGGGAUCUGCGGCGAGACCGCUGGGCACGCCCUCGCCGCGGGCGCCCUCAGAGCGGCCGGGCUGGGACGCGGGAGGAACCCUAAAAGUUGACCCGAGCAGACAACCUCCUGCUACCUUGAAGGAGAAGAAGCCUCCGAGGGUUGACAGAGCGGCAGAACAGGGGCUGGAACUCAGCUCGCUGGCCCGCCACCAGGCUCCUUUCCCUUCACCAAGUUUGCAGCCGGGAGGAGAGGCUACAGCACAACUGAAGAGGGAGAAGCCAUCUUGCCUCCAUGAUUGGACAAACAUGAAGAUAAAAGCUUCCCUGUGUGGAUGAUAGAGCAAAAUGAUAGAAGGGGCUCAGACUCCCUUCCUUCAGACUUCUUGAUAUGUGAGGAAAAUAAAAUGCUAUUGUAAGGUUAAGCUACAGAAAUGGGCUUCUAUUUUAUUCAACUAAAUAUGUCACAAUUCAGACAGUGUCCAUUAAAUUGGUAAAAGUAUCCACUUUAAAGGGUUAAUCUGAGGGACCCAGCAAUACAUUACACAAUCAAAUCUCAGAAGAAAAUUAGUUUUUUUAAUUCAUUGUGAUUUUGAAAUUGAUCUUUCAUAGUCUUUUAGUUAUCAAACUA